GAAUUAGCUUCCCUUGAUCAAGAAAAGCAGCCUGAUCUAGAGCCUGGGCAGCCUCAGCUUUCUCCUGGAAUUUCAACAAUUAACCUGCAUCCACAGUUUCCAGUAGUGAUUGAGAAAACAUCUCCUCCUCUGCCUGUUGAAGUUGCUCCUGAAGUCUCUACUUCCAGUGCAAGUCAAGUAAUUGCACCUACUCAAGUUACAGAAAUCAAUGAAUGUACAGUUAAUCCUGAUAUCUGCGGAGCGGGACACUGCGUGAAUUUGCCUGUGGGAUACACUUGCAUCUGCUACGAGGGAUACAGGCUUAACGAUCAGCAGACAAAGUGCUCUGAUAUUAAUGAGUGUAAUCAAGCACCCCAUCUCUGUUCCCUUGGACGCUGUGAAAAUACAGAAGGAAGUUUCCUAUGUAUUUGCCAAGCUGGAUUCAUGGCCAGCGAAGAUGGAACAGACUGUGUUGAUUUUGAUGAAUGUUCAAGACCUCAUACUUGCGGGGAAGGCUUUUGUAUAAAUACUGUUGGCUCGUACAGAUGUGAAUAUUGUGACAGUGGAUACCAAAUGAACAGAAGAGGUGAAUGUGAAGACAUUGAUGAAUGCCUGACUCCGACCACUUGUCCAGAUGCGCAGUGCGUUAACGCUCCUGGCUCGUACCAGUGCAUUCCUUGCAGAGCGGGAUUCAGGGGCUGGAAUGGACAGUGCCAUGAUAUAAAUGAAUGUCAGUACGGCAAUCUCUGUACAAAUGGACGCUGUGAAAAUACGGAGGGGUCUUUCAGAUGUAUUUGUGGCCAAGGUUUCAAGCUCUCUGCAUCAGAGGAUCAGUGUGAAGAUGUAGAUGAAUGCCAGCACCGAUCACUCUGUACGAACGGACGCUGCAGGAACACAGAAGGAUCUUUCAGAUGUAUUUGCAGCCAAGGCUACACGUUGUCAUCUACUGGAGAUCAGUGUGAAGAUGUUGAUGAAUGCCUUCAAGACAGUGAUAUUUGCCUUGGAGGAAGCUGCAUGAAUACUGAUGGUUCUUACAAAUGCACUUGUCCAGAUGGUUUCCAGCAGAUAGCGAAUAGGGGAUGUCAAGAUAUCGAUGAGUGUGAGAGAUCUGACCUCUGUUCACCUCACGGGGAGUGUCUGAACACAGCUGGGUCCUACCAGUGCAUCUGUGAGCGGGGCUUUUCCGUGUCCACAGAUGGCCGAACGUGCGAAGAUGUCGAUGAGUGUGCAAACGGCACAAUAUGUGGCAGUCACGGGUUCUGUGAAAACAUGGAUGGCUCCUACCGCUGCCUCUGUUACCAGGGGUACCAGGACGCCCAGGAUGGGCAGGGCUGUACGGAUGUGAAUGAAUGUGAAAUGCUGAGUGGAGUAUGUGGCGAAGCCCUCUGUGAAAACGUCGAUGGUUCUUUCCUGUGCCUGUGCUCUGAUGAAAACCAGGAGUAUGAUCCGAUGACCGGCCAGUGUCGCUUCCGUGCCUCCCCAGAAUUGCCGAUAGAGGCUGGUCAACAUGAAGAUGGAAAGAAGGAGUGCUACUACAAUCUGAAUGAUGCUAAUUUCUGUGACAAUGUGCUUACAUCCAAUGUAACCAAACAAGAAUGCUGCUGUACCUUGGGUGCUGGCUGGGGCGAUAACUGUGAAAUCUUCCCAUGCCCUGUCUUUGGAACUGCUGAAUUUACUGAUUUGUGUCCCGAAGGAAAAGGUUUCAUUCCCUCUGGAGAAUCAUCUUAUGGGCUUCUUGCUCAGAAUUACAAAGAUGCUGAUGAAUGCCAACUCUUUGGACAAGAAAUCUGUAAAAAUGGCUUCUGUUUGAAUACGCAGCCAGGUUACGAGUGCUACUGCAAACAAGGCACAUACUAUGACCCUGUUAAGCUCCAGUGCUUUGACACGGAUGAAUGUCAGGACCCAAACAGCUGUAUUGAUGGCCAGUGCAUUAACACAGAAGGAUCUUACAACUGUUUCUGUACACACCCAAUGGUUCUGGACGCAACAGAAAAACGAUGCAUCAGACCAGCAGAUUCAAGUGAACAAACUGAAGAAACUGAAGUGUACCAGGAUCUUUGCUGGCAGCAUCUAAGUGAUGAUUUUGUUUGUAGUCGACCUCUGGUUGGAAAGCAGACCACAUACACCGAGUGCUGUUGCCUGUAUGGUGAAGCCUGGGGCAUGCAGUGUGCUCUGUGUCCUAUGAAAGAGUCAGAGGAUUAUGCCCAGCUGUGCAACAUUCCUGUUCCAGGAUCUCGACGGCCAUAUGGACAAGAUGCUUUGGUUGACUUCGAGGAGCACUACACUCCAGAAACUAAUCCAUACUUUGUUGAAGACCGCUUUCUGAACAGCUUUGAGGAGUUACAAGCAGAGGAGUGUGGUAUUCUGAAUGGAUGUGAAAAUGGGCGAUGUGUAAGAGUCCAGGAAGGCUACACCUGUGACUGCUUUGAUGGUUAUCACCUGGACAUGGCCAAAAUGACUUGUGUUGAUGUGAACGAGUGCAACGAGCUGAACAACAGAAUGUCUCUCUGCAAGAACGCCAAAUGUAUUAACACAGAAGGUUCGUACAAGUGUUUGUGUCUCCCAGGGUACGUACCUUCAGACAAACCAAACUACUGCACACCACUGAACUCAGAGGUAGACAGUGAACUGGAGUAGAGGAAAAUCUCCAUAUCCUAAGCCCAUAUACUCUGCACUGUAUAAAGAAAAGGAAGAAAAGUAUUUAACUUGAGAAGAGAAGGCACCAGAGUAUCAAACGUAAGGGGAGAAAAGCAUUAAAAUGUGUCAAAGGUGAGACAUGAUGGGCUGAUUGUGUAUCAGCAUCACUGACAUGACAGACCAAAUGGACACAUUACUUUGAAAGAAACGAUCAAGUAUAUAGUGUGUUCAUAAGAAAAAAGAAAUCUUUGAAAAUAAGCAAAAACAGUGCUGUUAUUUUAAACAGAAGAGCUUUUUUUGUUUGUUUGUUUUUGGUUUGGUUUUUUUUACUAUUGCUUGAUUAAUUUGGCAUUUAAAUAGUGAUGGAAAUAUUUUAUAUUGCUAUGUCAUUUUUUGAUCGGUUCCUUGCCUACUGUUUCUUUUCAGACCUUUUUCUGAUCAGUACAAAUUCUAUGAUACAGAUAUUGUUAGGCCAUUUUAUAAGAACUGUUACACAGGGUAAUGCUCCUCCUUCUCUGGAACAUUGGUCAGUGACUUGUUUUUAAUUUGCUAGUUGUCUGCCCUGUGGAGCAGGCACCAUUUGUUUUCAAAUGUUUAUAUGCCUUGGCGAAAAGUCUUUAUAUUCAUUUUGUAUUCUGUAUGGUUGUUACUGCACUUAAAGUCUUUAGAACCUUUCUUGCCAAGUUCAAAGCUGCUAGUGGACAACAUUGGAUUCCUUUUGUACAUUAAACCAAAAGAUUUUAGCUCACGUCUGUAUUGUAAUGUGUAAAUUGAACACAGGAGAGAUCUUGUAUGAUUACCCUAACAUAUUAAAGCUGUAUAUUAAAACUCAAUAAAAUUACCUUUUUUUUAGAAAAA